GUAGUGCAAAAAGGCCAAAUUUGUGUUAAUUUUAGGGGACUUUUUGUGCAGAUAACGGCGUUUCCUCGUGAAUUCAUGUGGACUGAGUUCACCUGGACAACGGUUAAAGACUGAACCGCCAUUAAAUAUUUAGGAAAGGAGGUUCUUCGUAUUGCCGACCCUCCUUAUCAAUGCAAAUACCUCUUUUGUGUGCAGCCAUAGCGCCUGUCUGGAAGCUGUGAGAUGAAUUUUUAAUUAUGUGUGUCUAAAUCAAAAUGUGGGAAAGCUCUCUGAAGGUGAAGAAAUAAAGAAAUUAACCGAGAUUCAUCGGCAUGCAGGUCUGCUGAUCUCCAUAGGACUGGGAGAAGUAAAUCAUGGACUCAGAGGAACGUCCUGCAAAAGACACGCCCCUAACUGUCAAUGAACAGCCAUUAGGUUCCUGCUCUUUGAAAUUCCCAGCUCAUUUCAACCAGGUUAUUGUUAUGUCUGGUCAGGAGACCAUCCGCGUCCUGGAGGUGGAGGUGGACGCGGCCGUCCCGCCCACGGACCCCGGGGGAAAGUCAGAAGUGACAGGGGAGGAUGGGGGAGGUGUGACUCUGGAAUCAGCUGAGGGAGGCUUGCAGGACAGUCCAGCUGCUCCUCACAGCGCUACCAGUGGAGGGUUAGGUGAACAGGCUGUGUCUGUUGAGACCUCUGUCCCAGCGGUCCAGACGGUGACCAACCCAGGACCUAUCACGGUGUCCCUGCCCCAGGCCCAGAGUACCAUGCCCAUCACUGUCCAGGCCUGUCCUCAGGUUCUGACCCAGGAUGGUCUGGCCACACUGAUGACUGGAAUGAUCGCCCAGCCAGGUUCUCUGAGCCAGCCCCUGCUCAUCCCGCUCAGUGUGGCAGGCUCGAUGGGGGGACAGGGUGGUUUGGCCGUCCUGACUUUCCCCACUGCCACAGUGGCUACGCUCCCUGGCCUGGCCACAGCAAAUCCUGCCAGUGGGCUCCUGAAACUCCCUUUUGCUGGACUGCAGGCUGCCACAGUGCUGAACUCAGUUCAGCCGCAGCUACAGGCGGCUGCGCAGACAGUCUUCCAGCCCCAGUCUGCCUCUCUGCCGUCGGUGCAAGCGGCCGUGCAGCAGACACAGACCACGCCAGCCACCACUGGGAAUGCGGCUGCAGCCUCACCCACUCCCAUCCCUCAAAGGGCUGCAGAACCCACUGCAUCUGUGGCAACACUCCAAACGGCUGGGCUUUCCAUCAAUCCUGCUAUUAUCAGUGCGGCCUCUCUGGGAGCCCAGCCUCAGUUCAUCAGCUCACUGACUACAACUCCCAUAAUCACCAGUGCCAUGUCCAACGUGGCCGGACUCACCAGUCAGAUCAUCACCAACGCACAAGGGCAGGUGAUUGGCACUUUGCCUUUGCUGGUCAACCCCGCCUCCUUGGCUGGAGGUGCCACGGCCUCUGCCUUACCUACCCAGGGCCUGCAGGUUCAAACCAUGUCCCCCCAGCUGGUUCUCAACACCCAGGGCCAGAUCAUUGCCACGAUUGGGAAUGGACCAGCCACUGUCCCCACCACCUCCUCUGUUCUUCCCAAACCCACGGUUCCUCUGACUCUCUCCAAGCCCAGCACACAGGGUCCUAUUGUCACGGUUACCCAGUCUCCAGUCGUCAUUGCCCCACAGCCCAGUGCAGCGAAAAGUGUGACCUCCCUCUCCUCUGCAGUCCCCAUAGCCUGUGGAGACCUGCCCACUGUGGGCCAGCUGGUCAGCAAACCACAGACUGGAGGGAGUGAUGAGGAGGGCAUAAACCUGGAGGAAAUCCGUGAGUUUGCCAAGAAUUUCAAAAUCCGACGGCUUUCCCUGGGCCUGACACAAACACAAGUAGGCCAGGCCCUUACAGCCACCGAGGGUCCUGCUUACAGCCAGUCUGCCAUCUGCAGGUUUGAGAAGCUUGACAUCACACCUAAGAGUGCACAAAAACUGAAGCCCGUUCUUGAGCGCUGGUUGGCCGAAGCAGAACUAUGGAACCAGAAGGGCCAGCAGAACCUGAUGGAGUUCGUGGGAGGCGAACCGUCCAAGAAACGGAAACGCCGCACCAGCUUCACCCCACAGGCCAUUGAGGUCCUGAACACCUACUUUGAGAAGAAUGCUUUGCCCACUGGCCAGGAGAUUACAGAGAUCGCCAAGGAACUGAACUACGACCGCGAGGUGGUGAGAGUGUGGUUUUGUAACCGCCGACAGACACUGAAGAACACCAGCAAGAUCAAUGUGUUCCAGGUCCAGCAGUGAGGGAGGCCUAAAGGAUGUGCAAUGGAAAGUAUAAGAGCAGGUUAAUGAAUGAUGUAGGUAGAGUUUUGUUUAUGUAAUAAGCAGGAGAAGGGUUGGUAUUAAAUGAAGGAAGAAGUUUUAGUCAUGUUCAUAUUGGACACACGUGGAUUAUACAUGAAGGUUUAUGACAUCUCAGAGGCCUGGCAGUGUUGAACAGAGUUACAUGCACUCUUUGACUUUUUUUUGGGUCUAGACUUUUUUUUUUUUACAUUGCAUGUUAAA